CACCAUUCAUAAUAUCUCCUCCCUUAUCUUUGUGUGCUUCAGUAUUAUCCCUUGAGCUUGAGCCGUAUGGACACCAGCCACCCACAGAUCGAUCAAUCCAGCCGCGCGAAGCAUCCCCGGGUGCUACAAGCCCUCCUCUACGUCAUAGCAAUAACAUGCUUGUGAUGCUGCACUGCACCACAUGACGACGCCGGCGGCAACCAUGGCAAUAUCGACAUGUCUGAAAAGUCCUGCGCCCACUUGAUCUGCAGCCACUCAUAAUUUUGUGCCAGGUCUUCCCUUUGCCCCGUCAAAUGGGAUACUCGAGGAGUUCCCAUGUUAAGCGUAUGAUGACUGCCAAAGGACUCCAUCGCCCCAUCCAUAUAUCAUUCAUUCUUAGCCUGAUUAUUCUCUUUCGUAUCUCCUCACAGCGCAUGCAUGAUUUCCUAUUCAGUUUGCUCCCCUUCUGUUUGUUGCUGAAACAAAUUUCAGGGCUCAUCGUCUCAUGGCUAUGGCCGGCUGGUGGUUCUUAAUCUUCGUCGCGGUGUGGUGGCUGCCACUGCCACUCACGCCUGUGGUGGCCGAGGAGCAGCAGGGGGAAGACUGCUCGGACCAGAAGUGCGGCAACAUCAACAUCUCCGACCCGUUCUGGCUCACCGACAAAGAUACGGGAAGAUCAUGCAGUUCUGAUCCUUACCUGGACUUCGAUGUCGCUUGUCUUAACAACAGUUAUCCAGUUCUACGGAGCGCUAUAAUUUUCAACAAGGGCUUCAAAAUCCUCAACAUCUCCUACCAGGAACGCAGCUUCUACGCGGUUGAUCUGGGCAAGCUCAACAUAUUGCAGUCCUCCAACAGCUGCCUUUCCCAGUUCUAUAACACCUCAAUCAAGCUCAACCACCCGUUCACGAUCGCCCCCGUCAACCUCAACCUCAUCCUGUAUAACUGCACGGAGAAGGACGGAGCAGCGGCCGCGGCAAGCCGGGACAGAGCCCUGGCGCCGACGAGAGUGAGGUGCCCGAACGAGUGGGUGGUGCUUGCCCGCGCGGGAGUGCCUCACGACACGACCGGGAACUACAGCAAUUAUGCUCGGAAGGGCUGUGCUGCCGUCGUGGUGCCGGUGCUGGGCUCAUCGUCAGGGGCGAGCGCGGGCGACUAUGAGCAGCUCUUCAGCGAUGGCUUCCUCUUGACAUGGGAUCCUCCGCCUCAUCUCACUAUCUUUCCACGUAAUGAGAGGAGAGGGAAGAAGAUUAUGCUAAUAGGUACUACAUCAGCAGCUGCAACCUUUCUCUGUGCAUGUCUUUAUGUGCUGAUAUGGCAUAGAAAAGGGAAAAGACUAUGGUUUCUCCUUUGCAACAAGGCUAGCAGCAACACUGAGAAGAAUUACGAGGCCAUGAUAGUAUCAUAUGGAUCCCUAGCUCCAAAAAGAUACAUGUACUCAGAGGUAAUGAAGAUAACUUCUCGUAACGAACAGCUUGGUAAAGGUGGUUAUGGUGUGGUUUUCAAAGGAAGACUAUACGAUGGUCGCCUGGUUGCUGUGAAAUUCUUGCAUGACUGCAAAGGAAAUGGGGACGAAUUUGUGAAUGAGGUUAUCAGCAUUGGCAGGACCUCUCAUGUUAAUGUUGUUAGCUUAUUUGGAUAUUGUUUGGAGGGCUCAAAACGAGCACUUAUAUAUGAGUACAUGCCCAAUGGUUCCUUGGAUAAGUACAUUUACUCAAAGAACCCCAAGGAAAUUUUAGGAUGGGAGAGGCUCUAUGCGACAGCACUCGGGAUUGCUCGUGGCCUUGAAUACUUGCACCAUAGCUGUAAUACACGUAUCGUCCACUUUGAUAUCAAGCCCCAAAAUAUCCUUCUAGAUAAAGAUUUUUGCCCAAAGAUUGCUGAUUUUGGUCUAGCUAAAUUGUGUCAUACAAAGGAGAGCAAGCUUUCAAUGACUGGUGCUAGAGGAACAAUUGGGUUCAUCGCUCCAGAAGUUCACUCUCGAACCUUCGGAGUGGUUUCAACAAAGUCAGAUGUUUAUAGUUAUGGAAUGAUGCUUUUGGAGAUGGUUGGAGGCAGGAGAAAUGUAAAAUCAAUUGUUGAAAAUUCCAGCGAAAAAUAUUUUCCAGACUGGAUUUACGACCACUUUGCGCAAGAUGAUGGAUUACAAGCAUGUGAAAUCACAAGAGAAAUGGAGGAAAUCGCGAGAAAGAUGACCUUAAUUGGCUUGUGGUGCAUACAGAUAUUACCUGCAUAUCGCCCUACUAUAACCAAGGUUCUAGAAAUGUUUGAGAGAAGUUCAGAUGACAUGGACAUGCCACCAAAGCAAAACUUCUCAGGGUUGAUUGAAAAUUCAGCUCACAAUUAUAAUGUACAAAGUGCGAGUUCUACCAGAUCUGAGGAGAUUUGAUUGUAAAUUCAAAAAUACUACAACGAUUGCCAACUCUUUGAGAACGCGACCUGUACCAAAGAUAAACAAGCGCAGUGGAGUUCGGCAUUGUAUCAUAAAACACACAUAAUUGCUAAUGCAUAAUUGCUUCGAAAUUCCUUGGUUUCAGUCAACCAUCUCAGACUUCAAAUUUGCUUUCGGAUACCACCACUUUCCUUCUUUUGCUUAUAGAAAUUAGAGAGAAGGGCAAUAUGGUGGGGAUCUAAGGUGGAAAUUACAAUUUAAGUAGCCUUUGCAACAGACCCUUAUUCCAGGCAUGCGUAAACUAGAGUAAGUUAGCACUAUCUGGAACAAUGUGUAGCUUGCUAUUCUGGUUAUAAACAGAAGUUGGAUAAAUGUAUUGCUGAAGUUCAUUAUUAAAUAACUUGACCUACAA